AACCUUUUUUUUUUUGUAGGUUGUGGCCAUUGAAGGCUUACAGUAUAUUGGUGGUUGGUGACAGCUGUAAACAAGCCCCAGUGAAUCUCAGGAAAACUAAACGGUUAACGCGCGGUGAAGAGCUCAAACUAAGUGUCUGUUUACAGAUGGUGACGAGUAAAGCCUUGGCCCUUUGUGGGCUGGUUCUUCUGAGUUUGUGGCUGUGUAUACAGUCAGUGCCCAUCAAUGUGGACAAGACCAAAGUAAAGCCUGAAAAGGAGCUGGAGCCACCUCAAAGUGCUGAAACUGGGCUGCACUAUGACCGUUACCUCAGGGAAGUCAUUGAGUACCUUGAGAAAGACCCCCACUUCAAAGAAAAGCUCCAAAAUGCCAACAUGGAUGACAUCAAGCAAGGCAAACUUUCCAAAGAGCUGGACUUUGUCCACCAUAGUUUUCGGACUAAGCUGGACGAGCUGAAGAGGGAGGAGAUGAACAGGCUUCGGAUGCUCAUGAAAGCGAAACAUGACAUUGAGAAAGGGAAUGGCAGGACAGUGGACCACUAUGCACUGCUGAAACAGUUUGAGCAUCUCAACCACAUGAAUCCGGACACUUUCGAGGUGGAGGACCUGGACCGCCUCAUCAAAUCGGCGACCAAAGACCUGGAGAACUUCGACAAGAGCCGCCACGAUGAGUUCAAGAGGUACGAGAUGAUGAAGGAGCACGAGAGGAGGGAACGUCUGAAGAACAUGACUGAGGAGGACCGCAAGAAGGAGGAGCAGCACUACGAGGAGAUGAGAAAGAAACACGCCAACCAUCCCAAAGUGAACCACCCUGGCAGUGAAGACCAGCUAAAGGAGGUGUGGAAGGAAGCAGACGGGUUGGACCCAGAAGACUUUGAUCCAAAGACCUUCUUCAAGUUGCACGACACCAAUGGAGAUGGUUUCUUUGAUGAGAGCGAGCUCGAAGCUCUCUUCACCAAAGAGCUGGAAAAGGUGUACGACCCCAAAAAUGAGGAAGAUGACAUGGUUGAGAUGGAGGAGGAAAGACUGCGGAUGAGAGAGCACGUUAUGAGUGAGGUGGACACCGACAAAGACAGACUCGUGUCAUUGAGCGAGUUCAUGGCAGCCACAAAGAAGGAAACCUUCUUGGAAAAAGAUGAGUGGGAGACUUUAGAUCAAAACCCCGUGUACACUGAGGAGGAGCUGAAAGUGUAUGAACAGCAACUGAACCACGAGGAGAACAGCCUCAACGAGAAGAAGGCCAACCUGCAGAAACAGAGAGAGGAGCUCCAAAGGAAGGAAGAAGAACUAAAAGCUCAGAAGAUGGGGCUACAGCAGGCGGUAGAAGAAAUGGAAAGGUUAAAAACCCAAAGAGCAAAUGCGGAAGUCAAACAGCCGGGAGCCCCUGUAGCUGGGAGUGAAUCCAUAGCAGUUGUACCAGGAAACAGUCAACCACUGGCCCCCAGCCACCAGCAGCAAGACGUCCCAGUGCCAGGACACUCUUAGCAGGCGUCAGCAGUCCAUGUGCUGUGUGAAUGGUGGUGAGCGUGUGUUUGUGUUCGCCCUGUAAUUGAUUCCGGUUUUUGUCAUUUUUGUUUAGGAUUCUCAGAAAAACACUUGACAAAAAUAUGCCUAAAUAUUAAGAGCACAUAAAAAGAAAUCUGUUUUCACGCUUCAGAUUUAGUGCCCAUUAUGCCCGAUUUGACUGCAUAAAUCAGACUUGAAACGUGGAGCUCGUCCAGUUUUCUUUCGUGGACAAUCGACCCUUUUGUUUUUGUCAUUUUGAUCCUUUAUCACAACAAGGACUCGCAUGUUCUCCAUGGGAAGUGCUUUGGGAGGAAAUGGGACGGGCUUCUGGCCUGAUAAGUGAAUGUUUUGUUUAGUGCACACUGUAGUUCAUUGUCACUGAUACUGUUCCUUAGAGGAAAUACUGAUGAUUGUUUAUUUAUUCCACUAAAGAGAGUCGGAUAUUUCUGAAAAAUGGAUGUCAGAAAAAUAACUUUAGAGUGGAUGUAGCACUGCUGGUUAAUGAAAGAAAUGGUCCAACUUAUGUUAAAAUAUUUGUUUUUUUAAUAUAGAUAUAUAUAUAAUUAAUAUAUUCGAUACAUUUGUUCAGAAAGGUAGACAUUUGAUCAUGUUUAGUUUUGUUUUAAAACGUGGCAGUGUAGACCUCCGUUGCUGAGAAAGGUUUUCCAUCAGUCACUAUUUCCAAAUCACAGUCGAUUUUGUCCUCUGGUACCCUUUAACUGUUUCAUAUGGAUUCUUCAGAGGACGCUAAGACUCAGUUACCCACAAUUCUCUGCAGCUGUCAUUUUUUUGAGAUCUUCAGCUGUGAAAUUUCUCAGAGCCUCUUUUUUUUAUUAUUUAUAUUUAUAUAAAAUUCUUAUUCUUUCAGUCGUCCUUUCCAGCUGUUGUCUCAUUUGGACCAGAUGAUUGAAGGACAUUUUUAGUUUACAGAUAAAUUUAUGUAUUUUAAUUUAAUAGAAUUGUGCUGGUGUUAGAGCGACAUUUGACGGAUCGUGAUGUGGUUGUACGUGUUCAGUGUGUCCGUGAAUUUGUGUCAUUAAUCACGAUAGACUACUUUUAUUUAUUCUCUACAACACUGCAAAUGAAGCUGGAGUGGGUUGAAUUUGACCUUGUCUCUAUCACAGGAGAUGAAAUACAUGGAUUAAAAUCCACGAAUCCACAGGGUCAAAACACGAGAGAUAAGAGACAGAAUAAGGACACCCUUUGAGCUACAAUAACCAGGAUGUUUUUAUUUUUUUUCUUUUAUGUCCCUUUCAAAAGUUGGAUCUGUCCACCACCCAACAUGCUAAAUUAAUGAAAGUGUUGACAAGGUUUGACUGUGGGACAAUAAAGUGAAUGAGCUUGCAAAUUUAAGGUUUUAAGGUCUCUUCUUUUU